AUGGAGGGACUGGAGAUGUCCGCGAUGAUUCCGGCUCUGCAGGAGCUCGCCGGUGCCAGCGCGGCUGAGUACGACCAGGCGGUGCAGAAACCUCGACAGAUCCUCUGUCAGUUCAUUGACAGGAUCCUGACAGAUGUGGACGUGGUUGCCCUUGGGCUGAAUAAGAAGUCCAGUUCUGAGCCGGCCUGUGUGAUGCUGCUAGAUUUUGUACAACACAUUGUCAAGUCUUCAUCCCUGAUGUUUGCCAACCCUGCCUGCCAGCCAGCCGACUACCCAGCCACCAUACAGAGCUGCACUGACUUCACUCGCUGGGUGGCGGUGCGUUUGCUUCGAGUUGCAGCGGCUCCUGACUGUGAGAUCAUCCACGGGCGCGUCUCCGCUGUGUUGUGCUCUUUGCUGCACACUCUGAGAGUCAGGGCUCCGUUCAUCUUAAGUCAACUCAGCCAGGAGCUUAUAUGUCUGGCCCAGGACCUCAGCAACAUCCUCUAUGGCCACAUCACCUCACUGGCCGGCCGGGGACUGGCUUUAGACGUUGACCUGCCAAGCCGCUGGCCUGUAACACUCGAGUACUUCAGUUCCUCCCCGGAGUGUGCCUGUCCCUACCUCACCCCGUCCCCUCUCGUCCUGUCCUCACCUGCUGCUUUGGAGUCGCUCACUGCCGUGGUGAUCGGGAUCAUAACCGACUCUCUGAGGGGAGUCAUUUCCUGCCGCGACCUGAACAAAACCUGGGAAACAGCCUGCUCGAUUCUAGCCAACGGCAACACCCGGCUCAGGAAGUUGUCCAUGGUGAUGCUGAGAAAGCUGGUGGAGCUGCGAGGGUUUCCUGAGAUGCAGGACCACGACUUCUUCACUGCUUUCUGUCACCUGCUGGAAACGCACCGUUACACUGCCGAAGCAAACGCAGACUCAAACCAGUCGCAAAUGUAUGAAGGAGAGCUGCUCAACCUGACUCGCUGUGUGUUUCAGUCCUCUUAUGUAUCUCACUCCGCCUUCAAGCCCAUCCACCUGUCACAGAUGUUUGAGAGCGUCUGUGCUCUCGGAGGAGCCGACGUUAAAUUCGGAGCAGAAGUCACUGAGUCUCUCUGCCUGCUGUUCAGCUUCUCACUAUCUGCUGCCCCCGUUUAUGAGAGUACUGCCUUGCUGACGAGGCAGUGGGUCACCGGGGUCUGCAGAGCGCUGGCCUCCACCAUCGGGAAAGAGAAUCAAGCUGAAUGUGCUGAAGGGUUUCUCAAAGCUGCACUGAAGGCUGAGACAGCUUUGGUGAUGCAGGACUCAGGCGAUGGAGAGACUCCUGCGAAGAAACCCUGCACCUCGAAAAGCUCCGUCGAAAAAACAAAAACUUCAACUGAUGUAGACAUGCGUGAGCGCAGUGACGUGUGGGCCGUGUUGAGCAGUCGCCUGGAGGAGCUGUUGGCGUUUUUGAACUCUCAUCCUGCUGAUUGUGAGUCUGCGCAGAGGCUGUGCGCUCUGCAGGGUUUGGACCUCAUCCUCCACCUGGCAGCCUUCUGCUCCUCCCCGAUCCGUUUUCCCUCGCUUCUCUUCCUGCCCGUCGAGACUCUGAGCAGGGUCCUGAAGAGCUGUCAGUCAGUGUUGGAAGGAGGUUCUCAACCUGCCUCAAACCAGGAUUAUUUUCAGGCUGCUGUCCGCACCACCGUCAGGAUUGUUGACUCUGUACUCUACUUGAUGAUGAGUCCUCAGAGUGAGGACGGACUCCAGCGACGUGUGUGUGCGCUGAUAUCGCUUCCCUGGGUGUGUGAGAACAAGUCUGCUUCAGUCUAUAAGAGUUCAGGAUUCCCUUCCUGGCUUCCUGCCCUGGCUCAGCGACUCAGCUUCUUCUACUCGCCAGAGCUCCGGGCCGACUGUGUGUCACUGCUGGCGUAUUUACAUCGCGGUGUGUGUGAGACGUGGCGCGCGAGCGUGUUUUCGAAAGCGCUGCAGAGCGAAGACGAGGUGGUGAGAGCGGCAGCAGUCCGGGUCGUCCCCGUUCUCCUUCACCACGUGGGGAAAUCGCACCACAACCUCAUCAGCACUUCCCUUCUGUCCAGGUUGGAGGACACCUCAGAGCAGGUGAGGGAGGAGCUUGCGAGGACGAUCGGCCAGCUCAGCUGCGUCCAGUCGGAGCUCUCGCAGCUCGCCGAGAGACACGCAGAAUCUUCAGCUCGUCCCCAAAUCCUCUGCCUGCGCUGCAGCCUCACGGCGGAGCACGAAGGGAAAGCAGGGCCGUCGCUGAGGGCGUCGGCUGUCAAGGCUUUCCUGCCACUUCUUAAACCACAAGCUCCGAGCAGUGUCAAGCAAGCCUUCCUGGAAGCCUUGCCUCACCUCUGCCAACACGUGAAUCUGAUCGGUGGAGACGGAGACUCCCGAGCCGCCGUCUGUGCCCUGAUCGGUCUCAUGGAGGAUUCAGACUGUGGGGUCAGAACAAGCUUCAGCCAGUCGGUUCGCUUCCUGGUGACGCAGACCAGAACCUCUGAGCAGGGCUCUCUGGACGAGCUGCUGGUUACACGUAUUAAGGAAGCAUUUAACAAUGCAAAAACCAACAGAGACGACGAUCUGCGUAACACUCUCAUCCUCACCACUGGAGAGAUUGGCAGAGCUUCUCAGGGCAGCUUGGUGUCGUUCUCCCUGCUGCACCUGCUCCACUGCCUGCUGUCCAAGUCGUCUCUGGUGUCUGUAGCCGCCUACACUCAGAUCAGAGCUCUGGCCACCGCCAAAGGCCUGAAGCUGCAAACUCUUUUCAGUCAGUACAAGAACCCGAUCUGCCAGUUCUUGGUUGAGUCGCUACAUUCUCGCCACUCAUCGGCCCUGCGGAGCAUGCCUGACCAGGGCAGCGAGUCGGCCAAUCAGAGGGAGCUGGCUCUGGACAUCCUUGCCCAGAUUGCGCAUGCUUUCGACUUCCCAGACCUCUACCGCUUCCUCACCCGGACCCUACAGGUGCUGCUGCCCUACCUGGCGGCCAAGGCGAGCCCCACUGCCUCGGCGCUCAUCCGGACCCUCGCCACCGAGCUGAAGGCGAACAGGAGAGAGAUCCUCAUCAAUAACUUCAAGUACAUCUUCAGCCAUCUGGUCUGUUCCUGCACCAAGGAAGAGCUGGAGAAGGCCUUCAACUAUCUACAGACUGAGACAGAGAUCGAGCUGGGCUCUCUGCUGCGGUUAGACUUCCAGGGUCUUCACAACGAGCUGCUGCUGCGUCUGGGAGAACAUUACCAACAGGUCUUCAAUGGCUUGUCAAUCCUGGCUUCCUUUGCAUCUAAUGAUGACCCGUACCAAGGACCCCGAGAAAUCACCACUGCAGAGCGCAUGGCCGACUACUUGCAGCCGAAGCUCUUGGGGAUUCUCGCCUUCUUCAACAUGCAGCUGCUGAGCUCCAGCGCAGGAGAAAAGGAUCGCAAGAAGCUGGCGCUGACGAGCGUGAUGGCUCUGAUGCGGCUGAUGGGCUCCAAACACAUCAGCUCUGUCAGACUGAAGAUGAUGACCACGCUGCGCACCAGCCUGCGAUACAGAGAAGACUUCCCGCUGCUGUGCUGCCAGACAUGGGAGUGCUUCGUGAGGAGUGUCGAGCCUUCGCACCUCGGACCGUUGCUGAGUCACGUUAUCGUUGCGCUACUUCCACUGAUCCCUCUGCAGCCGAGAGAAACCGCUGCCAUCAUCCGCUUCCUCAUCCUGGACAACAGGGACGAGGUCAAAGACUACCUGCAUGAGAUUUACUUCCUUCCAGACCAUCCUGAGCUCAGAGACAUCCACACAGUGCUGCAGGACUACAAGAAGCUGACGGCCAGCAGCAGCGACCUGGCCGCAGCGCUGCAGCUCUCCAUGAGAGCCGUGCAGCACGAGAACGUGGACGUGAGGAUUCACGCGCUGACCAGCCUCAGAGACAUGAUGCACAGCAACCAGGAGUGGCUGCUGCGGCAGGUUUGUGCCAGUGAGGCGGUGGAGCCGGUCAUCUCCAGCCUGGUGUCCGUGCUGCUCAAGGGCUGCCAGGACUCGUCCCCGGAGGCCCGGCUCCUCUGCGGGGAGUGUCUGGGCGAGCUGGGCGCCGUGGACCCCGGCCGCCUGGACCUCUCGCACACGCACACCCACGGGAAUCACUACACCUUCGUGAGUGGAGUUGACGAUCCGAACUUCGCCUACGAGCUGCUGACCGAACUGACCAGAACGUUUCUGGCCUACGCCGACGACGUGAGAGCUCAGGACUCCGCUGCCUACGCAAUUCAGGAACUGCUGUCCAUAUUUGAGUGUCGCGAGGGUCGAACCAACUCGUCGGGCCGCCGUCUGUGGAGAAGAUUCCCGGAGCACAUUCAAGAGAUACUGGAGCCGCACCUCAACAGCAGAUACAAGAGCAGCCAGAAGAAGGUGAACUGGGCUCAGCUGAAGAAGCCGGUGUACCUCAGCAACAGAGGCAGCAAGUUCUCCGACUGGUCGGCCACCUGGGCCGGAUACCUCAUCAGUAAAGUCCGACACGAGCUGGCCAGCAAAGUGUUCACCUGCUGCAGCUUCAUCAUUAAACAUGACUACAAGGUCACGAUCUUCCUGCUGCCUCACAUUCUGCUCUACAUGCUGCUGGGCUGCACGCCUGCAGAGCAGCAGGAGGUUACGGAGGAGAUGCUGGCCGUGCUGACGGAAGGCGACGGACGAGGUCCGGUGCAGGAGAACGCCUCCAGCCUGUCGCAGCUCAGCACGCAGACCGUCUUCAGCAUGUUUUCACAUCUGACGCAGUGGAGCCGCCACAUCCUCUCCUCCAAACCCAAAAGCAACGAGAGCGGAGACUAUCAGCGCGUGGUCGCCUUCCUGAAGGGUAUUCCCCAGGACGUCCUGGCCAAGGCUUCUCUGCGAUCCAAAGCGUACACUCGUGCCGUCAUGCACUUCGAAGCUUACAUCCUAGAAAACAAUGAAAACAUCCAGGACCACCUCACCUUCCUUCAGACUCUCUACGCUGCGAUGCACGAGCCCGACGGGGUCAGAGGGGUCAACGCCCUGAGGAGGGAGGAGCCGUCGCUGCGGGAGCAGAUCCUGGAGCACGAGAGCAUCGGCCUCCUCCGAGACGCGACGGCCUGCUACGACCGGGCCAUCCAGCUGGAGUCAGACCAGAUCGGCCACCAUCACGGAAUCAUGACCUCGAUGCUCGGCCUGGGGCAGCUGUCCACCGUGAUCAUGCACGUGAACGGGAUACUGGCCAACAAGUCUCAGUGGAAAUCGGAGCUGAACACCUACAGAGUGGAAGCCGCCUGGAAGCUCGGGAAGUGGGACUUACUGGAUGAUUAUUUGGAUUCAGACCAGCAGUCCGGCACGUGGAGCGUGCGGCUCGGCCAGCUGCUGCUGUCGGCGCAGAAACAGGACGCCGAGGCUUUCUAUGAGAAGCUGAAGCUGGUGAGGAAGGAGCAGGUCGUCCCUCUGUCCGCCGCCAGCUACGAGUGCGGCACUUACCAGAGGGGAUACGAGUACAUCGUGAGGCUCCACAUGCUGAGCGAGCUGGAGCACACGUUCACCGAGCUGCGGAACCACAGAGGGGGCUCGACUCCGAGCCUCAGCCAGCUGCCCCCCCACUGGUCGGACCGGCUGGAGAUGACCCAGAAUUCCUUCAGGGCCAAGGAGCCGAUCCUGGCCCUGCGUCGUGCUCUGCUCAGCCUCAGGCCGCAGCCCGUGUGUCAGAAGCUGGUCGGCGAGUGCUGGCUGCAGAGCACCCGCGUCGCCAGAAAGGCCGGACACCACCAGACGGCCUUCAACGCCCUCCUGAACGCAGAGAACGCUCACCUGGCUGAGCUGCUCACGGAGAAGGCCAAGUGGCUCUGGUCCAAGGGCGACGUCCACCAGGCCCUGAUCGUGCUGCAAAAAGGCGUGGCCCAGUGUUUCCCCGAGGACGAGGCCCUGACGGACCCCCGCAGCCUGCAGACGAAAGGAAAGGCGCUGCUGCUGGUGGGACGCUUCAUGGAGGAGACCGCCAACUUCGAGUCCAACGCCAUCAUGAAGGUGUACAAGGAAGUGACCACUCUGCUUCCGGAGUGGGAAGACGGGAACUUCUACCUGGCCAAAUACUACGACAAAGUGAUGCCCAUGGUGACGGACAACAAGCUGGAGAGACAGGGGAACCUCAUCCGAUACAUCGUCUUGUAUUCCGGGAAAGCCCUGCAGUUUGGAAACCAGUACAUCUACCAAGCGAUGCCUCGCAUGCUGUCGCUCUGGCUGGAUUUUGGAGCCAAAGUGUGCGAGUGUGAGAAAGCCGGCCGAGCGGACAGACAGAUGCGUCAGGAUCUGGUUAAAAUCAACUCGACGGUCAGCGAGCACUGCGCCAACCUGGCUCCGUAUCAGUUCCUGACGGCCUUUUCGCAGCUCAUCUCCCGGGUGUGUCACUCCAGCGACGAGGUCUUCUCCGUCCUCAUGGCCAUCGUGGCCAAAGUCUUCCUGGCAUACCCGCAACAAGCGAUGUGGCUCAUGACCGCCGUGUCCAAGUCUUCCUACCCCACGCGGAUGAACCGCUGCAAUCAGAUCUUGAAGAAAGCCAUCAGUCUCAAACAGUCUCUGGCCAAAUUUAUUGGAGACGCCAACAGAUUGACCGACAAGCUGCUGGAGCUGUGCAACAAGCCGGUGGACGGGAACAGCUCCACCCUCAGCGUGAGCGUUCACUUCAAGCAGCUGAAGCAUCUGGUGGAGGAGCCCACCUUCAGCCAGAUCCUCAUCCCCCUGCAGUCGGUCCUCAUCCCCACGCUGCCCUCCAUAGGCGGGGAGAACACGCAGCACGACGCCUUCCCCGGACACUGGGCCUACCUGGACGGCUUCGAAGACGCUGUGGAGAUUCUGGCGUCCUUACAGAAACCCAAGAAGAUCGGUCUGAAGGGUUCGGACGGCCGGAGCUACACCAUGAUGUGCAAACCCAAAGACGACCUGCGGAAGGACUGCAGGCUGAUGGAGUUCAACUGCCUCAUCAAUAAGUGUCUCCGUAAAGACGCCGAGUCGAGGAGGAGGGAGCUCCACAUCCGCACCUACGCCGUGAUCCCCCUGAACGAGGAGUGCGGCAUCAUCGAGUGGGUCAACAACACGGCCGGACUGCGGCACAUUCUCACCAAGCUGUACAAGGAGCGAGGCGUCUACCUGUCGGGCAAAGAGUUGAGGAAGCUCAUUCUUCCCAAGACGGCUCCGAUUGAGGAGAAACUGCGAAUCCACAAAGAAGUGCUGUGUGCUCGGCAUCCCCCCGUCUUCUACGAGUGGUUCCUCCGGACCUUCCCUGACCCCACGUCAUGGUACAGCAGUCGCUCUGCGUACUGUCGAUCCAUCGCUGUGAUGUCAAUGGUGGGCUACAUCCUGGGUCUGGGAGACCGCCACGGAGAGAACAUCCUCUUCGACUCCUUCACUGGGGAGUGUGUUCAUGUCGACUUCAACUGCCUCUUCAACAAGGGGGAGACAUUUGACGUGCCUGAGGUGGUCCCCUUCCGCCUGACCCAGAACAUGGUCCACGCUAUGGGGCCCAUGGGCACCGAGGGCCUCUUCAGGCAGGCCUGUGAGGUGACUCUCAGGCUCAUGAGAGACCAGAGGGAGCCGCUCAUGAGUGUGCUGAAGACAUUCCUUCAUGAUCCUCUGGUGGAAUGGAGCAAGCAAGGCAAAGGACUGUCCAAAGCUCAGGCCAAUGAGACGGGGGAGAUCGUUAAUGAAAAGGCUAAAACCCACGUGUGCGACAUCGAGCAGCGUCUGCAGGGAGUGAUCAAGAGCAGGAACAAGGUGCUGGGCCUUCCUCUGUCCAUAGAGGGACACGUCCACUACCUCAUCCAGGAAGCCACGGAUGACAAACUGCUCUGCCUGAUGUAUUUAGGCUGGGGGCCCUACCUGUAGAAAACACAGCCACAAUAAACUGAAUGACAGCACUGGAACGUCCAUUUAAAAGAAUCCAAGAAGGUUCCUGAUUUUUUUUUUUUUUUGACACAUUUGUUUCAAAAUAGUUCUUCCAAAGGAGUUUUUUACUUUCCUAUUUUCUGGAAACAAAAAAAGUUGCCAUGUUGUACAUUGGUUUGCAAUAAAGUGCACAUUUUGCUAAUUCUCUUGGAAAA